AUGCUGUCAACACCAGCCAUCCUCGCCCUUCUCCUCCCCCUCACCUCUGCCCAUCCAGCAGCUCUCGCAUCCAACUCUUUCUCCAUCUUAGACCCACGCGCCGGACCCGCCGCAGGAAACGUAAUCCAAAACUGCGUCACCCCCAAUACAAUUGCCCUCACCUUUGACGAUGGACCGUGGCAAUACGAGAAAUCCAUCGUCGACCAGCUCAACGCCGCCGGCGCAAAGGGCACCUUCUUCGUCACCGGCACACUGUACAACUGCAUCUACAGCCAACGCGCGCAGCUCAAAGCAACCUACGACGCAGGCCACCAAAUCGCCUCGCACACCUGGUCCCACGCCGAUCUAUCCACCAAGUCUGCCGCCGACGCCAGACUCGAGAUGACAAAGCUGGAGACGGCGUUCGCUAACAUCUUGGGUGUGAAACCGACGUAUAUGCGUCCGCCCAAUGGGAACUCGGGGGGCCAGACGGUUAGUGUGAUGCAGCAGCUUGGAUAUCGGAUUGUGAAGUGGGAUAUUGAUUCGGGCGAUUGGAAUAAGGAGUCUCCUGCGUCCAGUGAGGGCAAGUUUUCGAGUAGUAGCUCGGCUAGUCAUAUUCCGCUUAUGCAUGAGACGGUGCAGACGACGAGCACGACGCUCCUGCCUUGGGUACUGAAUUGGGCGAAGAGCAAGCGACUGAAGAUGAUCACAGUUGCGGAAUGUCUGGGCGAUGCAGGGGGGGCGUAUACAAGUCCUGCACCGACUACGGGGGCUACUACUUGUUAG